GCCAAGUAAUUGCGUCAUGGAAUGCCGGCGGCCAUGGCGCAGCUUGCUAUGGUAGCUUUUCUCGUAUAACAAAUAGGACGUUUCUUCUGGCUUAGCAGUAGAGAUUGGGUAGUUUCUCGUACAAAUAUGACAUUUCUUCUGGCUUAGGCUAACAUCAAGUUAACCAUGAUGGUCUAUUUGGUCUUUAUAUGUCAUUUCUUGUUCACCAUGCUAUGUUAUGCAAAUCAAGCGGUCAUGGUUUCAUAAUUGUAAAAGAUCCUUUAUAUUGAUGUCUAGUAUUUUCUGAUGAACAUGGAAUUUUACAGCAUAUUUUUUGGCUUUUGAUUAACCCAUCAAUUAAACUUUUUUCACAAUUAUUUGCAAAGCAUGACGCCAAUGACCAUUCUCAUGUCUGCUUAGAUGGAACUCGGCAAACAUGCAUGCCAUGUGGCAUCGCCGUUAACGGCACGUCUCGUCUACCACCCUGUGUUUGACGAGUUCUCCUUUUUACGUACUCGGCAGUAGUUGCUUUUUUGUUUUGUCGAGUUCCUGAUAUUAAGAACUCAGCAAUCUUAACGAUUGCAGACCUGUUUGCCGCGGGCGGAACACGGCAAACUCACUGGCAGAGUUGUUUUAUGUUUCUUGCUUUUAAAAUUGGAAACAUUGCCGCGACUGCUAAAUUAAGCUGAUACUUUUGUACGACAUGCUCCUUAAGACGGCCAUUAUGGUAGAUUUUCUCUAAGCUGCAGGCGUCCCAUUUGAAUUAAGAAAACAAACAAGCCCAGUCGUCGGUCUAUUCAACUCUAGAGAAAAAAUGAAUCCGUUAGCAAAUAAUGUUCUAUAAAGUGGCAGCACUCCCAGUGAGUUCUAUCACCAGAGUUGAGAAAUACAAUCUUACGUUAAGUGCACCUGACAAACGACCCUUGCUAGCAAGCCCUUGCUACUUAGCUAGUACUCCUUGGUGCUGAUCAAUGGCGGCGGUGAAGUUGGAGGAAGUGAGAAGGGCACAGCAGGCGGUGGGUCUGGCGACCGUGCUGGCAAUCGGCACGGCCGUCCCGGCCAACUGCGUGUACCAGGCCACCUACCCGGACUACUAUUUCAGAGUCACCAAGAGCGAGCACCUCCCAGACCUCAAGGAGAAGUUCGAGAGGAUGUGCGAGAAGUCCACGAUCAGGAAGAGGCACAUGCACCUCACCGAAGAGAUCCUGAAAAAGAACCCUAGCAUCUGCUCCCACAUGGAGCCGUCGCUGGACACGCGCCACGACAUUGUCGUCGUGGAGGUGCCCAAACUUGGGAAAGAGGCGGCAGAGAGGGCCAUCAAGGAGUGGGGCCAGCCACUGUCGAAGAUCACCCACGUCGUCUUCUGCACCACCUCCGGCGUGGACAUGCCAGGCGCCGACUACCAGUUGACGAGGCUGCUUGGCCUCUCGCCGACGGUCAAACGCCUCAUGAUGUACCAGCAAGGCUGCUUUGGCGGUGCCACGGUGCUCCGCAUGGCUAAAGACAUCGCCGAGAACAACCGCGGCGCACGUGUGUUGGUGGUCUGCUCGGAGAUUACCGCCAUGGCAUUCCGUGGCCCCUCCAAGUCCCAUUUGGAUUCGCUGGUCGGACAUGCGCUCUUUGGCGAUGGCGCGGCCGCUGCCAUCAUCGGCGCCGACCCCGACGUGCCCUUCGAGAAGCCACUCUUCCAGCUAGUAUCAGCGAGCCAGACCAUCCUGCCCGACUCCGAGGGUGCCAUCAACGGCCACCUUACGGAGGCAGGGCUCACCAUCCACCUUCUCAAGGACGUGCCCGGGCUCAUCUCCGAGAACAUCGAGCAAGCGCUCGAGGACGCCUUCAAGCCUCUGGGCAUCCACGACUGGAACUCCAUCUUCUGGAUUGCACACCCUGGCGGGCCGGCGAUCCUGGACAUGGUUGAGGAGAAAGUUGGCCUUGACAAGGAACGCAUGCGCGCCAGCCGAGAGGUCCUGUCGGAGUACGGCAAUAUGUCCAGCGCAUGUGUCCUCUUCGUCCUCGACGUGAUGCGUAAGACCUCUUCCCAGGAUGGCCAAGCAACCACUGGAGAGGGUAAGGAGUGGGGUGUCCUCUUCGGCUUUGGCCCCGGCCUCACCGUCGAGACGCUCGUCCUCUACAGCGUCCCGAUCACAGCCACUGCAUGAUCGAUCAGCAAACGACACUU